GCGCCGCGUUGAAUAUUAGGGUUAACUCUUUAACUUUGUGAUUUAUUUCGAAAGGAGGCUGCCUUUUUAGAUUUAGGUGGUUCUGAAAAAGCUGAAAUGCAUCAGAGUUUGGUUUGUCACAAAUAGCGUAAGUGUGAUCUUUAUAGCCUGGUUUGCGAUUUCCUUGGACUGUCUACACCACCAUGCGUAAACAGAGCAUGGUUACGUUUGUAGAUUUGAUACAUCCACAUAGAAUGAAUAUAAGUAUGAAGUUACACUUUUUAUAGUUCGAUACAAUGUCUAGAAUAGUUGGUCAUUCGUAUGCAUGGUCCAUCAUCUAUUCAGUUUAGAAAUUAAUGUCUGGUGGGACAGCCUACACGAUAAAAUGUUUCGUCAUAGCACGAAUCUUAUUAGAAAAAGUUGAUAAUUCUAUGACUAACAUGACGCUUUGCCUUGAGAUGCACUUUUCAUUUUAACACGGCUUCCCGAGAAAAGAUUAUGUAAUUCAAUUGUCCAUAGUUCUUCACUGUGACAGAUGACAUGAUGAACCAUGCGUUUGUGCACUAUAUGUAAAUUAUCUUAGGUCAUAUAAUAAGUGACAUUUUCAUACGAUUUUGUCCACUUAACAAGUAACAUUUGGACGGGGUUCUUGGGAAGGAAAUUUGGGAUAUGGCAUAAAGGCGCACAGCUCCAUACUGAAGUGUUUAAGUUAGUCUGAAGGGAAAUUUAAAAGACCUAAAAAUACAGCGCUGGUUUCUUCUCCACAAAGAAUCAUUUGAACUUCCCACCGCAGAACGAGAGCGACAUAAAUAGUUCUGACAUGUGGAUGUAAUUUCAGAAGAAGUAAAAAAAACACACAAAAAACAGACAUGCAGAUAAAUAAAGUGAGUGGGCUCAGUUUAAACGUAUUACAGAUUUAAAAAGAGGGAGGGAAAGCGAAGAGAUUAUAGUUAUGAUUUUACAAGCCACUAUCAAGACCAUAAUGAGAGGACAGAUAGUGAAAGAUGACUUGCUCUUUUGAAGACAGUUUAAAGUAAAUUAAGUCAUUUUAACUGAAGCAUCAACUCAACCUUGCUUUCUGAAACGACUAUUGGAGGUUCGGCAUGGUUGUCUCAGGGAUGGGCCCCCCUCUAGUGUUCCACAGUGUGGGCUUUCUUUUCUUCAGCUUGGUCGUCAGUCACGUCUGUCUGGUGGAGGCAGAUGAUGUGCUCACCAAAGAGGAACAGAUCGGUCUGCUGUUUAAAGCCAAACGCAAGUGUGAGGUGGCCAUCAGUAACAAACACAAGCCUGGUGAUGGUUACUGCUCGCCAGAGUGGGAUGGCAUUGUAUGUUGGCCUGAGGGGUCUCCCGGGAAGCUGGUGUCCACUGCCUGUCCAGACUACAUCUAUGACUUCAACCAUAAAGGACUAGCCUAUCGUCGCUGUGACAGCAAUGGGACGUGGGAGCUGACCACCUCCAACAACAAGACAUGGGCCAACUACAGCGAAUGUGCAAAAUUCCUCUCGCACUAUAACCAAAACAAUGAGAAGGAAGUGUUUGACCGUCUGUACCUCAUCUAUACAGUAGGAUACUCCAUCUCUCUGGGAUCACUUAUGGUGGCUGUGGUCAUCCUAGGUUAUUUCCGGCGGUUGCAUUGUACCAGGAACUACAUCCACAUGCACCUGUUUGUGUCCUUCAUGCUCCGAGGCAUCAGCAUCUUCGUAAAGGACGUGGUGCUGUACUCAGGCUCUGCCCUAGAAGAUAUGGAGAGAGUCAGUGUGGAAGAUCUCAAGUCCAUCACUGAGGCUCCUCCAGCUGACAAAACCCAGUUUAUUGGCUGUAAGGUGGCAGUGACCCUGUUCCUAUAUUUCCUGGCUACCAACUACUAUUGGAUCCUAGUAGAGGGUCUGUACCUCCACAGCCUCAUCUUCAUGACCUUCUUCUCAGACAGGAAGUACCUCUGGGGAUUCACUCUAAUUGGAUGGGGGGUCCCAGCUAUGUUUGUGACAGUGUGGGCGAGUGUGAGAGCCACCUUGGCAGACACAGAGUGCUGGGACCUAAGUGCCGGCAAUCUGAAGUGGAUCGUACAAGUUCCCAUUCUAACAGCAAUAGUGGUGAAUUUUAUGCUGUUCCUGAAUAUAAUACGAGUUCUGGCCACUAAACUUCGGGAGACAAAUGCUGGCAGAUGUGACACAAGACAGCAGUACAGGAAACUGUUGAAGUCUACAUUGGUCCUGAUGCCACUGUUUGGUGUCCACUACAUAGUGUUCAUGGCGAUGCCAUAUACUGAAGUGACUGAAGUCCCAUGGCAGAUACAGAUGCACUAUGAGAUGCUAUUCAAUUCAUUCCAGGGAUUCUUUGUUGCAAUUAUAUAUUGUUUCUGCAAUGGGGAGGUCCAAGCGGAAAUUAAGAAAUCGUGGAGCAGGAGGACACUAGCGCUGGACUUUAAACGUAAAGCCCGUAGUGGCAGUAACACAUAUAGUUAUGGACCUAUGGUGUCUCACACCAGUGUAACCAAUGUCACUGCCCGGGGGCCCCUGGCACUGCACCUCACCACACGCCUUGGGGGCCCCGUCACCGUGAACGGGCACCGGAAUCUCCCGGGGUACGUGAAGAAUGGUUCCAUCUCCGAGCACUCCAUCCCUUCCUCAGGACAGGAGUUACAUGUUCCCGAGGAGGAGCAGCCAUCCAGUAACGUGCCACCGCAUUCUGUUGAGGAGGAGAAACCCUCGCCUGUAGUGGAGGAGGAGCGGGAGACCGUCAUGUGACAAUCAUGUGACCUCUUGCGAGAGACCUUCAGGCAGCCUAUAGCGCCUCCACUGUGAGGACGAUCUCUGUCGGAAUGAGUCAUGGGAAAGAUCUCAAUUACAUACUCCUUGUGUCCUCUCUCCUCGUCUCCAGAGGGACCUCUGGCUUUCUCAUCCAAUGAGUUUUGAAAAGGAGAAGAGGAGAGAGGGCGCAAUUGAGAGCGUCCCAUGAAACAUAGCACCACAUAGACCAGUCAAGCUUCUCAGUUGAUUUUAUUUUGCAGCAAGUACUUUAUAAUGGAAGAAUACCAACCAUGGUCUGUGGAUGAACAGUAGGCUAAUGUGUCUGACUGAAACAGACAGCAUUGAUUGUCUACAGGUCCUGUGGCUGAAGGUAUCAACCGUAUACUAUAGGUCCUCAUUCUGGCAGGAGCAUGUUAGCUUAUGUUAGUGUAGCAGAUGGCUAAGUUAGCAUACAGCUCACUAGCUCACAUCUGCUACAUUAGGCACUCCUAGUGAUAUGAGAAUAUGCCUGGCUGCAGUUGAUUCUGCCUGCGUAGUUGGGGAGAUCUCACUACGUUUCAAUUUGUUUGAAAAUGUGGAUGUACAUUGAGAUGACCCAACCCACUUUGAUGUAGCUAAAAGGGAAUAAAACUCAGGUCCUCUAAACCCUCCAUUCUAGUGCAUCAGUUGGAGCUAGUCUGUAGUUUCAGAGGUGUGCUGGCUUCUAGAGUUGAUUUAUAUGGAGAAAGGCCCAAUGGAUUACUUUUCCCCAUGAGUAUCAACUUUUUGUACAGUUUGUAUUUUUGCUAUUUAAAAGAGACUAUCCUAAUAUUCAAUGGCUAAUGAAGGUUAUGCUUUUUCCAUGAUGUGUUGAUGAUUACAUUCUUCAAUAAUAAUAUUAUAUUUCACAAUAUAUAAUGCCACAAAAGUAACCAAAACUUGGAGCCCAUUGGAGUCAAAACGUGAUUUUCCUGUGUUUUAUAUAUAUUUCCACACUCUGAGGUUUGAAUAAUACUGUAAAAUUGUGAAAAUUAUGAUUAUGCCCUUUUAAUGUAAGAGCCGUUUGAAAAGACCACCUGAAAUUUCUGCCUGUUUUGGUUGGAUGGAAUUUUGGCCUGCCUGGCAAUAUCACCAGGGGGUAAAUUAGUUAAUAGACCAAUAAGAAAGAGAGUUCCAAACCUCUCUGCAAAUAAUAGCUCGUUUUCAGUUUUCCUCUCCCAACUCAGACUACUCCCAGAUAGUCCUAGCAAAAUUCUUGCUUGAGAAAUUACUCUUUGCUAAGAAGGAAUUUUGGUUUAUUUUUUACCAUUUUAAUUGAAAACAAUCACAGUAAGGUACUUAAUUGUUACCCGGAAAUGAUUUGUUAUUGAGAUACAAACGGCUGCAUUGGACCUUAAGUUUUGGGAGAAAUGGAGUGGUAGAGUCAGCUCAAAGAGGACAAAAAAUGGCUAUUAUUAUAAUGGAAUUGUAGAAAAAUACUUUAUUAACGUUUUAAAGGGAGGCACCCUCUCCAAAACUCAGGGUGCAGAAAACAGUAAAAAAAUAAAUACGGAAUGUUAAUUAGAUGAGGAACUCCUAGGGAUUCUCAAAUUCCACAGGAGAAUUCCCAGGGAGACUUAUGAAGAGACGGACAGUAUGAAGGAACACCAGAACUGAAUAGUACACAACUGUUAUGUUUUAUAUAGUCCAGUGUUUUGCUGCUCUUUUUGUAUAUACAGUAUGUAUGCAUUUGCAAAGAAGUCACAAUGUUUACAAUGAUAAUAAAAUCCAUUCUAGCUGUGAGCUAAAAUAGCAUCAAAGGUCAUGUAAAUGUAUUAGAACUAUAAUUUGAUAUUUGUACAGACUGUUGAAAAUGUUAAGGGAUGUUGAAAAUGUAGAAUGAUUUAUAUUGUAUUUAGUGGUAAAAACAUAGAAACUGGAUAUAUACUAUAGGUGAGGGACAACAUACUGUAUGAGGAUUCAGGACCAUAUAGUCAAGAUUUCAGUAGAAUGCCUAUCAGAGGACAUAACAUUAGACAGCUAUUUACACUAUACUCACAUGUAAUUCUGCGAAUAUGGCAGUUUAGGUUGAUGGGAGUCAAGAACUCAAUUGCACUCCGCUACUGUAUAUCCACAUGUAUACACUUUGACCCUACAGUUCCCUCCCCCACUACUCUAUAUCCACAUUUAUAAAGUGGGAGGUUUGAGCCCUGAAUUCUGAUUGGCUGAAGGCCAUGGUAUAUCAGGCCAUAUACCAAGAGGUAUGAGAAAACAUUUAGUUUUACUGAUCUAAUUACGUUGGUAACCAGUUUAUAAUGGCAUUACGUCUCCUCUGGGGUUUGUGAUAUAUGGCUAAAAUACCACGGCUUAAGGGCUGUGUCCAGGCACUCCGCGUUGCGUCGUGCAUAAGAACAGCCCUUAGUCGUGGUAUAUUACAUUGGCCAUAUACCACACAUCCCCAGGCCUUAUUCCUGAAGUAUAUACUUUGCGAAAAUAUUUCUAGUUACACUUUACAUUUCAGUUCCAUCACACUGCAGUUUGCUUCCAAGACAAUGUUCAUGGUGUGUAGUGAAGGGAUAAAGUGAUUUGUUUGUUAGUUUGUCACAGAAGCAGAAUGUGUGUCUUUUAGAGUGUCAAGUAGCCUGGUCCUAUACAGUACAGUAUGUGCUGUAGCCAACUCUUCUAGCAUUGUCAUGCCUUAGUGUAUGUACUGUAUGUUUGGCAUGAAAAUUAAUGAACACAUAGAACACAGAGAGGAGUUGGCUAAAGCACAAACAGACUCAUUCACCAGGCUAUGUGUAAAGAUGUCAAGGUCCCAACAUGCAAUGUCUGUUUCAUUCCAAUCCGUCCCAAUAGGUUAUGUAUAUAUUUUCAACCCUGUCCAUCCCAAUGUCUGUUUCAUUCCAAUCCGUCCCAAUAGUUCAUAUAUAUUUUCAACCCUGUCCAUCCCAAUUUCUGUUUCAUUCCAAUCCGUCCCAAUUGGUUAUAUAUAUAUUUUCAACCCUGUCUAUCCCAAUGUCUGUUUCAUUCCAAUCCGUCCCAAUAGGUUAUAUAUAUAUUUUCAACCCUGUCCAUCCCAAUGUCUGUUUCAUUCCAAUCCGUCCCAAUAGUUCAUAUAUAUUUUCAACCCUGUCCAUCCCAAUGUCUGUUUCAUUCCAAUCCGUCCCAAUAGGUUAUAUAUAUAUUUUCAACCCUGUCCAUCCCAAUGUCUGUUUCAUUCCAAUCCGUCCCAAUAGUUCAUAUAUAUUUUCAACCCUGUCCAUCCCAAUGUCUGUUUCAUUCCAAUCCGUCCCAAUAGGUUAUAUAUAUAUUUUCAACCCUGUCCAUCCCAAUGUCUGUUUCAUUCCAAUCCGUCCCAAUAGUUCAUAUAUAUUUUCAACCCUGUCCAUCCCAAUGUCUGUUUCAUUCCAAUCCGUCCCAAUAGGUUAUAUAUAUAUUUUCAACCCUGUCCAUCCCAAUGUCUGUUUCAUUCCAAUCCGUCCCAAUAGGUUAUAUAUAUAUUUUCAACACUGUCCAUCCCAAUGUCUGUUUCAUUCCAAUCCGUCCCAAUAGUUCAUAUAUAUUUUCAACCCUGUCCAUCCCAAUGUCUGUUUCAUUCCAAUCCGUCCCAAUAGGUUAUAUAUAUAUUUUCAACCCUGUCCAUCCCAAUGUCUGUUUCAUUCCAAUCCGUCCCAAUAGGUUAUAUAUAUAUUUUCAACCCUGUCCAUCCCAAUGUCUGUUUCAUUCCAAUCCGUCCCAAUAGGUUAUAUAUAUAUUUUCAACCCUGUCCAUCCCAAUGUCUGUUUCAUUCCAAUCCGUCCCAAUAGGUUAUAUAUAUAUUUUCAACACUGUCCAUCCCAAUGUCUGUUUCAUUCCAAUCCGUCCCAAUAGGUUAUAUAUAUAUUUUCAACCCUGUCCAUCCCAAUGUCCGUUUCAUUUCUGAUCUCGGUGUGGCUUGCUAUUCCUAUUUAUUGUCAUGAUCUUAUAUGGUUAGGGCACAUGAAGAGUAGAGCUAAAUAUAAAGGUGGAGAUCAUUUUCUGCCUCACAAAGAUCUGUUGCGUGAUAUAAGUGUGAUGUAAGGAUACCAUUAGAGAAAGUGUUACCUAAAGAUGCCAUCUAAGCCAACAAGAAAAUGAAAAAUACAGUAGAAUAUCCCCAUUUUCUUAUACAGUGGUUAUCUUAAACCAACCUACAGCCAACAAACAUUCCACUGGCAAGUAGAUACGUUUGGGAGUAUUAUUAGUAUUAUGUUUUGUAGGUCUGAACUUUAACUGUCCAUGUUUGGUUCGGAGGGGGCAAUGCUAGAGCCAGUGUUGAUUAGGAAAACAUGUUUUAUUUUUAUAUAUUUGAGCACUUUAAUACCCUAUUAUAUUUCCUAUUGUUGGAGCUAGGAACACAAGCAUUUCAUUACAUCCGCAAUAACGUCUGCUAAAUAUGUGUAUGUGACCAAUAACAUUUCUUUUGAUUUGAUUUAUUGAUUGUAUCAUGUAAAUGUAUUGUUUUUUAAAUUCAGUAUGUAAACAGGCCAAUACUUAACAGAGCUAAUAUUGUACUCGUUUUUUUGAAAGUUACCUCUCAUGGAAGUAAAAAUUACAUGAUAUUUUCAUUGUUUUAUUAUUUAUCUUAUAUUGAAAAUGUGUCUGUCCUCAAAGAGAUAGGAGUUGUUAUUUUUCAUGAAUAGUCUUUAUGCCAUGUGUAGAGAGGGUGUGACUGUUUGUGUUUGAAAUAGGACACAUCAUACCUGGUUGAUUUCACUCAAAGUCGGUUGAUUGAAGUCAAUGUUGUAAACGUGAGUUUAAAAUAAAAUAAAAUUCCAAUCUAAUGUUCAUCAUUGUAUUGUGAAUAAGACAUUAAAAUAUAUAAUUGUACUGUAA